AUGGAUAAUUUGCUCGAUCCUGGAAAGCGCCUAAUUCGUCACCGUCUAUUUCGAGAGCACUGCGUCUUCGUCUACGGCAAUUACAUCAAGGAUUUAACGAUUCUUGGCAGAGAUCUAUCCAAAACAAUUAUCAUCGAUAACUCGCUGCAGUCGUUUGCAUAUCAGCUUGACAAUGGCAUUCCCAUCGAAAGCUGGUUUUUUGAGCAAGACGACGAGGAGCUGCUCAAACUCAUCCCUUUCCUUGAGCAGAUCACCAGCCAGGUAAAGCACAUUUUAACUGAUACAACGUCCAAAUCCUCGGCCCGUUCAGAGUCCAUUUACUCUACCGAAGCGUGUUGUGAUAAGGUGAUACAUACUCAGGAAUAAAA